GUCAAAUCGAUGAAAGUUGGUAGGCGUCAACCGAGUCAAGAUUUGUGAUUUUGUUCUAUAAAAUUUAAUUUAAUACAAUGAUUCGCUUCAUUUUAAUCCAAAACCGUGCGGGUAAGACGCGGCUAGCGAAAUGGUAUAUGAAUUUCGAUGAUGAUGAGAAGCAGAAGCUGAUUGAGGAAGUCCACGCAGUAGUAACUGUCCGGGACGCUAAGCAUACAAAUUUUGUUGAGUUCAGGAACUUCAAGAUAGUGUACAGGCGAUACGCGGGUCUUUACUUCUGCAUAUGUGUGGAUGUUAAUGACAACAACCUGUGCUACUUGGAAGCCAUACAUAAUUUUGUGGAGGUGUUGAAUGAGUACUUCCACAAUGUGUGCGAAUUGGACCUCGUCUUUAACUUUUAUAAGGUAUACACAGUAGUAGACGAGAUGUUCCUGGCCGGAGAGAUACGGGAGACGUCACAAACCAAAGUAUUGAAGCAACUCCUCAUGCUCAACUCUUUAGAAUAAUCCGGAUUGAUUCCAUGUUACUAGACGUAUGAUGAAUAUUAUGAUCAUGUUACGUAGUUAUUCAUGUGAAGCUGUUCUAGUUUAUGUAUCUUCAGGUAAGAGAGAGACAGUUAAAGCAAAUUCAACAAGAGAGAGAGAUAACUACAUGUCUCUCUUUUACAGUACGAUAUAACAGUUAGUUCAUUGUGUGAUGGUCUGCAUCUUGGUAAGGGUAAGGUAUUAUUUUGUCACCUUAUAGUAAAAAUCUCGUAACUGCAUUUUGGAAAAUUGCAUGAUGAUGCAAUCCAACCCACACGAUAGAAGACCAGCGCCAUCUGGCUAAUUUACCUUGAUUGAAACAAGCAUGUUGAGCAUGUACAAGGUUUUGUUAACAUAAAUGCGCGAGGUUCAUUAUAAGGCAGUCAAAUUUAACUUGUUGAAUGUCGAUUCCAUUCUGGAUUUUUCCAUUAUUGAUGUCUGGAUUGGGACAGAGGGCAAGAUGGAGAACAUAGGCCUAUUUUUCGCUAAAAAAGUAGCAUGAAGAAUCCUGCACCGACAACAGCAUGGCUCUUAAUUUAGUAAUGAUGGUGUAUUAAAGUGGAUUAGACAUGAAUAUGUUAUAAAGAAACCUUUACAUACUGAAUAGAGCAGUUGGAAGUAUAUAGUAGUCCUUUAUAUUAUUAGAAAGCACAUUAAAUCAGAAAAUAUCUCAAUUUAAAGUGAUCUAGUAAGCUCUCAAUGUGUUAUAGUAAUCAGUCAACAAAUAAUCUUUGAACUGUAAAAAUGUAAGGACUUGUAAAUCUCAAAAAAAUAUAUCAUAAUUUUAAUUUAAAUGUAUUUAUAGAAUUCUCAUUCCAUUUAAUAUAAUGUUAAAAUUUUGUAGCGGAUAUGGAUAGAUUAGAGAAUACAUUUCUAAACAUAGUUGUCUCCAAUUUCAGUUUAUUUUCUUCCGUCUCCAUCGAAGUUGUUUGUUCAAGAUAGGGCCUCAUUUGCAAAGACAAAUGGCGUAAAGGCCCCAGGUACUUUAUUCUUCUAGAUAUUCUUCUAUAGUGCUAAUAUGCGCAACAUGAUAAAAUUUUGUCAUUUUAUCGAUCCUGACGAUAUAAUUAUGUCGUUUUGUCUAUUGGUGCGAAUGUGUAAUCCCAUUUACGUCAUGUCGUUCUGUUUAAUAUACGAACAAAAUCACGUGGAACGCAUGUUAGGGAAAAAACAAUCUUAUCGAUUUCGACAAAAUUUAUUGAAUCGAUCGAUAAUUUUAUCACGUUGCGCCAGUUAGCGCUGCUGGUCUACGCGGCAACCACGUCGCGCGCGAAUUAUAUCGAAAGCUUCGGCCAAUAAACGCAGUGAAUGCUAUCUACGUAAACGGCGUACGGCUAUUGGUUGGAGUCCUUAAUGCAUGCGCGCGCACGCGACGCGGUUGCGCGAGGACUAGAAUUACACUUAAAGAUCUUGACACUUAGAUGUUUUCGAAAAGGCCCUUAUAUAGUUUAUAUAAGGCGUCGUCAUGCGGUCGCGACAGUGAAACAGCGCCUAGCCUUAAUUAGGAAUCAAGUAUGUGUAUAAAGGUGUAAAAGUAUUGCUUAUAGCACCCAUUGUAUAAAAUUAAACGCGAUAUUUGUAAAACUUGGUUUAUUUAUCAAAUUAAUAUUAUAUUAUAAAGUUAGUACAAUAUAAACCUAUAAAUAAUU